AUCCAGUGCGAGAUACGCAUCACGUGCUACUAGGUCGCAUCGGGCCUGCAGACGAAGAUGCAGGGCUGGCCACAACUCCCGGCGACCCUGGGUGUCCGAAACACGAGAGCAGUCUGGAUCAGCCUAGGAGGGGCCAUGCUGAGCUGCCAGCGCGCCAUGGCAAGCGUCUGCACCACAUGGUCCAGCAUGCCGGCCUGCCGGCCUGAUCAGCACACCUGGUGCGCGCCAGGGACGCGGCGGAAGGGGCUCGCGGUCGCUGAUGGGCUUGCGAUGCGGCGGGAGAAGCUGGCGGAUGGACCGCGCACACAAGCUCUGGCGCACGAGGGCCGGGCUUGGGGAGUCUCGCCGCGAGAGGAGGCAGUGAGGGGAGCAUCAGGGGCAGGCUGCGACCAAAGUGCGGGCUGCAGCACCAAGACACGCUCGCUGGCCGGGACCAAAUUCCAUUGAAGGCUUUGUUCCACGGGGCGGGAGUGGCGCGGCGUUGUUCGCAAGGAAGCCGGGCAGGAGGCAGCAAGCAAGAAUGGCGAUGGCGGACCAAAUCUGCACUCUAGCGCGCAAAGCAAAGUACGACAGAGCCCGCCCAUGCCGGCAGGCGGCGCAGAGGAGCAGCGCGAGCACGCAUCGCAGCAACAGCGAGCAGAUGCAGCCGCAUUUCGCGUGCUCGAGGGCGUGCCUGAGGGAGCCAGGAUGCGACGGAUGGGGCCUAGCGCUAUAGUGCCCUUGA